AUGACGACAACUCAAUUCUCCGCCGACCUGCGCUGGUACAUCGUGCAUACCUACACCGGUCAGGAAGACAUGGUGAAGCGGAAUCUGGAUUUGCGCCGCGUCAGCAUGGGGAUGGACGACCGCAUCGCCAGGGUUGAAGUCCCGUCAGAAGAUGAAAUUGUGCGCAACAAGGGGGAGCGGACUUCCCAGCGACGCAAACUCUUCCCGGGGUACAUUCUGGUUCAGAUGGUCAUGGACGACGAAGCCUGGUUCCUGGUGCGAAAUACCACCGGCGUUACCGGCUUCAUCUCGGCAGAAGAAGAAGGCGGCGACCGGCCGCGCCCCGUUCCGCUGGACGACCGCGAGGUCGACGACAUCCUGGACCGGGUGGCAUCUGGCGAACCCCGGGCUGUAAUUGGGAUGACCCGCGGCGAUACCGUCCGCAUCUCCGAAGGGCCCUUCGCCGACAUGCUGGGUAAAGUGGAAGAAGUUGACGAGCAUCGCGGGCAGGUUACCGUGCUGAUUUCCGUGUUCGGUCGUGAAACACCGGUCGAGCUGGAUUUCAUGCAGGUCGAUAAAGCUUAA